GGAGGUCAGAGGUCGAGCGGAAGCUGAGGCUGCAUCCGGCGACUGGCCUAAGGGAAGGCGAUGGCCAAACAUCACCCGGAUUUGAUCUUCUGUCGCAAGCAGGCCGGUGUCGCCAUCGGGAGGCUCUGUGAAAAAUGUGAUGGCAAGUGUGUGAUCUGUGACUCCUACGUCCGUCCCUGCACAUUGGUCCGGAUAUGUGAUGAGUGUAACUAUGGCUCAUACCAGGGCCGCUGUGUGAUCUGUGGAGGCCCUGGAGUGUCAGACGCCUAUUACUGCAAGGAGUGUACCAUCCAGGAGAAAGACCGAGAUGGUUGCCCCAAGAUUGUCAACCUGGGGAGUUCCAAGACUGACCUUUUCUACGAACGAAAGAAGUACGGCUUUAAGAAGAGGUGAUUGACCCUUCUUGCCCCACCACCAUGCUGCUGCCCCAGCUUGAGAAGACACCCUCACCGCCCUCACCUCCACAGAAAGGGGAAAACGGGACCCAAGUAUCACCAGAUUUGCCAAUGACUCCUCCCCCACUCCACUUCUGCCCCCUCUCCCCUCGCCCAAAAACGUGGCCAAGGAAAGAACAGGGUCCUGCCUCGGGGCGGUACAGGGAACAGCUGGAAAUGGGAUCUCAGCUGGACCAUUCUUCUGUAUGAGAAGCUGGGGCGCGGUCCACUGUGCACUGCCAUCUCUGCACUGAUGGAUAUGUUCUAGAAGGCUAGUGUCAUGUUAGUCCAGGCUUUGGGGAGCUGCCUGUGAAACUCCAGCAGCAGCAUCAGAGUGAGGAAUGUGGUCUCGCAGGCAGCUCCUCUAGAGUCGCCCUCCUUAGCAGCAGCAGCAUUUUAGGUGGGGUGGCAAAUGCGUCUGAGCACAGUGGCUGCUGCUGAGUCCAGGAAGGACUCUGGGAUCACAGGCAUCACAUUUUCCUUCUCUCGCCAUCGAAGGUCUUCUCUGUAGCAGUAGCCAGUGUUAAUAAAGUUGGUGCUUCUUUUCUACUUGCA